CUAUUAGUUUACCCCGACCGAUGGACUUAAAUGCUCCAAAACAAAACCUCUUAAUCUCCAACCUUUCACCAGUAGCCAUUGCCUAUUGUCAUGUGAACUUAUUUAUAAAGCAGCCAUUACCAACUCCCACUUCACAAGAACCCAAAAAUGGCUAAUCUACACUUUCUAUUCCUACUUCUCAUUUUCUUCACUACCGCUUCUCUUUCUUGUCCAGAUUAUCAGAAACAAGCCCUUCUUCAAUUCAAAUCUUUGGUGAUCAAAAACAUUAAUUCUUCUUCUGAUAAUUAUUCUCUUUUUGGCUUGGAUUCAUGGGAUUCAACCUCAGAUUGUUGCCAAUGGGAAUCAGUGACUUGCGAGUCUCAAUCAAGUUCAAGAUCAGUAGCAGCUCUUAAUCUUGACUCUUUUGUUGUUUCUGAAGUUCCAACUAUACCAAUGCCUUCUUCAGUAUUAUCACCCCUUUUUAGCAUUAAAUCCUUGAUGUUUCUUGACAUUUCUUCUAAUGGUAUAGUUGGUGAGAUUCCAACUGAUAUGUUCACCAAUCUUACAAGAUUAGUUCAUCUAGAUAUGCGGGUCAAUCAUUUUAGUGGAUCAAUUCCUUCAAGUAUUUUUAACUUGAAAUAUCUCCAAUUUCUUGAUUUAAGCAGCAAUUUCUUGAAUGGUAUGCUAAGCAAGGAAGUGGGUUUUCUCAAGAACUUGAGGGUACUAAAGUUGGCAGAGAAUCUUAUUGGAGGAAAUAUUCCUCAAGAAAUUGGAAAUCUUACAAAUUUGCAGCAGUUGAAUCUAGCCAGUAAUAAUUUCAUGAGUAGUAUUCCAUCUUCUGUUCUUCAUCUGAAAGAAUUGCAGGAACUGGAUUUGCGAGACAAUCCUUUAUCAAUGGAGAUUCCUGCUAAUAUAGGCAACUUAACCAACUUGACUACUUUAGCUUUGAGCAAUAACAGGAUAACUGGAGGAAUUCCACUAUCAAUGAAGAAACUAAGCAAGUUGAAAGUUCUUCGACUGCAAGAUAAUUUGCUAGUUGGAGAAAUUCCAACAUGGUUGUUUGAUAUAAGGAGCCUCCAGGAACUUUAUCUUGGAGGGAAUAAUCUGACUUGGGAUAGCAAUGUAAAGUUAGUGCCAAAAUGUAUGUUAUCUCAAUUGUCUUUAAAAUCUUGCAGGCUUACAGGAAGCAUACCAGAAUGGAUUUCAACGCAGAAGACUCUUAAUAUAUUGGAUUUGAGAGAAAAUAUGCUUCAAGGAACUAUCCCUCAAUGGCUAGCUGAAAUAAAACUGAGCGCGAUUGUUUUGUCUGAUAAUAAACUCUCAGGUUCUCUUCCUCCUGGUCUGUUUGAGUCGCAGAGUUUAUCUAUUCUUGCCUUGUCAAGGAAUAAUUUCUCAGGAGAGCUGCCUGAUAAUAUUGGCAAUGCCAAUGCAAUUAUAGUUCUUAUGUUGGCUGGAAACAACUUUUCUGGACAGAUUCCUGAGUCCAUUUCCAAGAUUUAUCGCCUUAUGCUGUUGGAUUUAUCAGGAAAUAGAUUUUCUGGGAAAAUCCCAGUUUUGGGAAAUGCAUUGUUAGCUUAUAUUGAUUUCUCUUCUAAUGAGUUCUCUGGUGAAGUUCCAGUUACCUUCUCUGAAGAAACAAUGAUACUUUCACUAGGAAAUAAUAAGUUCUCCGGAAAAUUACCAAAAAACAUCACUAGCUUGACCAAGCUUCAACAUCUUGAUCUCCAUGACAACAACAUUACAGGUGAAUUACCAUUAUUUCUUUCCCAAUGCUCCUCUCUUCAAGUCCUAAGCUUACACAACAACACCCUUGAAGGUUCUAUUCCUACCCAUUGAAGGUAUCUAUUCCUUAACACCAUUACCAAUCUCACUAGCCUCCGAAUUUCUUGAUUUUUGUCGCAACAACAAUCUCAAAUGGUGAAAAUUUCGGAUUCAAGUUUGGGAAAUCUGCUUGGGAAUUUGAAAACACCAAAAUACAUUUAUAUCAUCGAGAUAUAUUCACCAUUUCCAUUUGAGUUCAAUGACUGUGUGAAUUGGAAGAAGACGAAAAAGGUCUCUCAAGGCCGAAGCCUUGAUAUCUACCCUUCCUUUUGGACUUGUCAAAACAAUCAAAACUGUUCUGGUGAAGAUCCGACUUUCAUUAGGUCAUUUUAAAGGGCUAAAGAUAUUGAAACAUUUCAUAUAACCAAAUCUCCUGGUAAGAUACCAGAAAGUUUUGGUGAUCUUAGAGAAUGUAUAGAAAGCUUGGACUGGUCACACAACAGACUAUCAGGACUCCAUUCCUCAACACUAACAAAGUUGCAACAACUUUCUACACGGGAUGUCAGCAACAAUAAACUUGAAGGUCAAGAUUCCGUGGGAGGUCAAAACUUGAUGGACAUUCCAGACUAUUAUGCUAAUAAUAGAUGGAUUUGUUGUGGUAUGCAAAUUAAGGUGCCAUGUCCAACAGAACAGGCCACCUCCACUUGCAGAUGUUCACAAGAAGAGGAAGAUUGGUUUUCAUGGGCAGCAGCAGGGAUUGGAUAUUCAGUUGGCCUUUUAGCAUCAGUAGCAAUAAUAUUUUUUUACUGGAUUUAUCGGGUGGCUUACCACCUCGAGGUCGCCCUCGCAACACAGAAGGCGAACGCGUUAAGGUUGGCAUGAAUU